AUGAAGCAUUCCACCGCGAACACCGGCUUCUUCCAGGAAUUGCCGGUCCUGCCCAACCAAUUUUUCGAAGACUCCAGCUUCCAAAGGGUUCUGAGACUGUUCCUGCCGAGCGACGUGGUCGAGCGCGUCGAGGUCGAGCUCGCCCAGCUCGGCGAGGACGUCCUGUCCGAUCGGAUCUUUUCGUGGGUCACCGACUCCGAGAGGAACAAGCCGUACCUGAAAGGGAACGGCCGCGACGCCUUUGGACGGCCCACCUCGGAACUAGUCGUCGGCGAAGGGUGGCGCGGCCUACAAGACUUCGGCAUCAGGAAGGGCAUCGUCGCGACCGGGUACGACGCCUCACUCGGGUCAUCCGCGCGGAUGGUCCAGUUCCUGAGGCUUCAUCUGUGGGGGGGCUCGGCUUCCAAUGUGUCUUGCCCGUCCGCCAUGCAAGACGGCGCCGCCCGACUGUUGCAGCUGCACCUGGCCAAGGACGCGGACCCGACCCAGCGAAAGGUGCUCGAGAACGCGCUCCAACACCUACUGUCCCGGGAUCCGGCAACGGCCUGGACCAGCGGACAGUGGAUGACGGAGCGGACCGGCGGGAGCGACGUUUCCCUCACCGAAACCGUGGCCAGGUACACCCCAUCCACGGAACAGGGGCUGGCGGACGAACAAGAGGGCAUACCGCUCGGGCCCUGGUCGAUCUCUGGGUUCAAGUGGUUCUCGAGCGCCACCGACGCGGCCAUGACGAUCCUCCUCGCGAGGACGCAGAACGGCAUCAGCGCCUUCUUUGCGCCGACGAGGAGGCACAGCUCCUCUGCGGCGACCAUGGUCGGACGACCAAGGGGCGUCGCCGGCACGGAGUUGAACGGGGUCAGGAUCCAGCGGUUGAAGAACAAGUCGGGUACGCAGUCCCUGCCGACCGCCGAGCUCGAGCUGGACGGCAUGCGUGGAUGGCUCCUCGGCCAGGAAGGCCGCGGGGUCCACGAGAUCAGCACCGUCCUCACGCUCACGCGUGUCCACUCGGCCGUGGCCGCUGUGGGAUACGUCGGCCGCGGGCUGGCCAUCGCGAGAGCAUACGCCAAAGUCAGGCAGGUCCACGCGGGGCAAGGACGGCGGAUGCCGCUGUCGGAAAGCCCGCUGCACAUGCAAACCCUCGCGGAUAUGACGGGGGAGUACCACGGCCUGAUGUUGCUGACCUUUUUCACGGCACACCUCCUGGGAUUGGACGAGCAUCCGGAUACCGGAGUCGGAUCGGGGGCGCCUGCCGCCCUCAAGCUGGACCGCAAGCACGUGGCGCCUCUCCUGCGCGUCCUCACGCCGCUCUGCAAGGCGUACGUCUGCAAGACGUCGAUCCAGCUGCUCCAAGGCUGCAUGGAGGCCCUGGGCGGGGUCGGCUACAUGCUCAAAGAGGAGACCGAGUAUCUCAACGUCGCCCGGCUCCAUCGCGACUGCUGCGUGCUCGCCAUCUGGGAGGGGACCACGGACGUCCUCGCGACGGACUUUGUGCGCGCGCUGAAACACCCCCAGGGCGGUGCCAGGUCGGUCGAGGCUUUGGACGCCCUCUUCGCGGAGAACGACCGGCCCGGGCAGGGUUCCUCUUCCGUCGAGAACGGGAGCCCGAACGAUUCGUGGCGGGCCGUCAGGAGGGAACUGGGCGGUAGCUCCCAGCCGGAGCUUGUUGCACACGCGAGGUACAUACUGUGGGCCGUGGCCGAAGCCCUCAUCGGACUGUUGCUGCACAUGGACUAUGGCAGGGAUGAGAGCGCAGCGGCAUUCGACCUUCUCUGCCGCCGUAAGGUUCGCUCAACACGCGCGGCUCUGGGGGGGCCAUCAUCCAAAGGGGGCGCACAGGAUGAGACGCGGCUCUCCAGUGAGGAUCGGCUGAGAAGAAACACUAUAAUCGUGUACGGUAGGUUGGGCUCCGACGCUGCGCGGCGGACAAAGUUGUAA